CACAGCUGGAGUUUCCUGUGAACCGGGCUUUGGAUAGUCUCCAGGCUUCCAAGAGUCCAGCGCACCCCAGAAAGUUUUUCCCCCUCUGGAGAUAACUACAUUUUGACCCAGAAACUCUGUCCUGAAAGGGGACUGAAGAAAACAUCCAGCAAGCACUGGGCAAGGAAGGGCAGCAGCAGAGAACGAGGCUAGCUGUGCCGGAGGAUGGAGGCGCACAAUCUAUCAGCCCCCUUCAACUUCUCCCUGCCGCCAGGCUUUGGCCACCGGGCCACAGACAAGGCGCUCAGCAUCAUCCUGGUAGUUAUGUUGCUGCUCAUCAUGCUCUCGCUGGGCUGCACCAUGGAGUUCAGCAAGAUCAAGGCUCACUUCUGGAGGCCCAAAGGGGUGAUCAUUGCCAUGGUAGCCCAGUAUGGCAUCAUGCCCCUCACUGCUUUCCUUCUGGGCAAGAUCUUUCGUCUGAGAAACGUUGAGGCCAUAGCCAUCCUCGUCUGUGGCUGCUCUCCUGGGGGAAACUUGUCUAACCUCUUUACCCUGGCCAUGAAGGGGGAUAUGAACCUCAGCAUCGUGAUGACCACCUGCUCCAGCUUCACUGCCUUGGGCAUGAUGCCUCUACUCUUGUACAUCUACAGCAAAGGAAUCUACGAUGGGGAUCUUAAGGACAAGGUGCCGUAUAAAGGCAUUAUGAUAUCACUAGUCAUGGUUCUCAUUCCUUGCACCAUAGGGAUCUUCCUCAAGACCAAAAGGCCACACUUAGUACCCUACUUCCUCAAGGGAGGCAUGAUCAUCACUUUCUCCCUCUCUGUGGCUGUCACAGUCCUUUCUGUCAUCAACGUGGGCAACAGCAUCAUGUUCGUCAUGACACCACUCUUAUUGGCUACCUCCUCCCUGAUGCCUUUCAUUGGCUUCCUGAUGGGCUACAUUCUCUCUGCUCUCUUCCGACUAAACCCAAGCUGCAGACGCACCAUCAGCAUGGAAACAGGAUUCCAAAACGUUCAACUCUGUUCUACCAUCCUCAAUGUGACCUUCCCCCCUGAAGUCAUUGGACCACUUUUCUUCUUUCCUCUCCUCUAUAUGAUUUUCCAGCUUGCAGAAGGACUUCUCUUCAUUAUUAUCUUCCGGUGCUAUGUGAAAAUCAAGCCUCAGAAGGACCAAACAAAAAUUACCUACAAAGCUGCUGCAACAGAAGAUGUUAUUCCAGCAGCUCUGGAAAAAGGUACCCACAACGGGAAUAAUCCUCCUACACAACCUGGCCCUUCCCCUAAUGGCCUGAAUUCUGGUCAGCCGGUAAAUUAGAAUGUGAAAACUUAGAAGCAACAAGAAAAGGAACACCAAGUUUGCCAGAUUGUUUGUCUAGCACUUCCAGCAAACCUUCAUCAGCAGAAUCAUGAAGCCAUGAACUGAGACAGAAGGGCAUCUAUCCAGAACAGUCACCCAUUCCCAAUUUGCUCAUUUAAAUCUGCUAUUUGUUUAAAAGAUAAUCAAGAACUAGGCAAAGUGGUUCCUGCCUAUAAUCCCAAUGACCAGAAACUCAAGGUCAACCUUAAGUACAAGAAAGACUGACUAUCUCAAGAAACCAAAAACUUUUCAGCAGCUAUGAACUCUAUGAAGGCUAAAUGAAGCAGCUGCAUCUGAUAAACAUUAACAUCACUAUUUCUAAACUUUCCAGUAAGCAGGUGUUUUGUUCAUUAACAUCCACAACCUGUUUCAUGUUGUAACUCAAAAGGAAAUAAGCUACAACUCGUUGUUCUAACUUA